AUCACGUGACUGGUUGCCUGGUGAUCGUAGGUGUGUCAUGGCGGAUGUCUCUCUCGGACAUAAACGAUUUGUUUCAUUCUUUUGACUGCUAUUAUGGAUGUACAUGACAUCGAUAUAUUUAAAAGAAGCCAUUUGCAUUCAGAAGGAAAUGAUUUUUCUAGGAUCACGGAGGCUACUCCAAAUAUAAAUCCAAAAGAUGUUUUAAAAGAAACUGAUACAGAAGAAGUGUUAUUUACAUCCACAAACCAGUCGUUAUCCGAAACAGAACACAACGAUGUCGAUGCAGCUUCAGAUACUAUGUUUGCUAAGACCAUAUCAGAACAACAAAAUAUCAUGUCAGUCAUCGAUAAUGUUAAAAAGUCUAAAGCACUGUCAGCAGAUCUUAGUCGAAAGCAUUUACAAGCAAUUCCUGAAGCACUUUUGGGAUUGCAGCAUUUGGAGUAUCUGUACCUAGAGGGAAAUCAAAUUUGCUAUUUACCUGAUGAUUUCUUCAGCUUCUUUCCUCACCUGGUUUGGUUGGAUCUCAGAAACAACCUACUGAGUCGUAUUCCAUCAUUAUAUCUUUCUAGUCAUACAUGUCUUCGUAAUCUACUUUUAGAAGGUAACACUCUUAGGAAUUUACCUUUAGAACUGGGAUUGGUUAGUAGUUUGCAUGGUUUAAACAUUGCUGGAAAUCCAUUAGAAUUUCCACCACAGACUGUAAUUGAAACAGGAACACAAGGUAUUCUUAAGUUUCUCAGAGAUGUUCUGGCUGCUAAGAAUUCAUCAAAGUUAGCUGAUACUGAUCUCACUUUAAGUAAAGAUGACCCUGAGUGUCUGGACCAUUCUAGUGAUACUUCUGAUGAUUGGAAUACUUCAGCAAGUAUGAUGGAACUAGCCAAACUUAGAGAUAGGAUGAAUUUAACUGAAUCAGGAAACCUUCAGGAGACUGAGCUAGAUAAACAUCAUUUGAAGCCAAGUGAAGUAAAUAUCAAAAAGACAAAUAUUAAAAAAGUGAGAAAAUUUGGAGACUAUCUAGUCAUAGGAGAACUGAAGAAGAAGAAGGAGAGUAAAAUGUCCUGGAAAGUCAACCAUUUCCCUGCUCCUCCCACACAAGACUAUGUCCGAUUUAAAAUGAAGGAAGAAAAACAAGUGGCUCGAGUGAAAGAGUUCAAAGAAAAAACAGAGGCCAUUUUACAGAGACGCAAAGAUGAUGAAAUCUUAAAAAAUUGGAGAGAUGAGGCAAAGGUUUUACAACGUAAAAAAUAUUUACAGCAUCUGAUUCCAGGAAAAGAUUAUAAAGAGCCUGCAGAAUAUGCUCCAUUUGAUGUCGAUAAAGAAAUGAUGCAAGUUCUUUCCAAAGAAAAAUAUCAACAGGAAGAAUUACAGAGAGAGCAAAAGCUGAAACAGGAGAGGUCAAUUUCUCCAGCUACAAGACAGAAAAUACAACAAGAGAAACAAGCCAGAAUUCAUGAACUGGAAAAGAAAAUUAAAACUCACAUGACAGAUAUGAUGGAAAGAAGAAAACAGCCAAAGGGCUCAGCGCAACAAGAAAUGGAAAUAGCUAAGAGAGAAUUAGAAGUAAUCAAAAGAUUACAGCAUGAUUUAAAAGACAGUUAUCAGAAAUUAAAGGCAUGGAAUUAACUGUUGCCUUUUGAAACUAAUCUUCAUUGUUGAAGUCUGUAAAUGAUGUUAUCAUCUUAUUGUGGCCCUUUAGUAAUGAACACACAUUGUCAGAAUCAGCUUCACAGUUUGCAAACAGUUACAUAAUGUUUUGUUAUACAGCCUGCUAUUGCCAGUCAGACAAAUACAUUUCUCAAAACUAA